AACAAUUCAAGAAUCAUGGAGUUACAUCUCUCUCUUACAAUAGCCUCAUUUUCAGUUAUUCUACUGAUUUUCCUAUUCCAAAUCUUGAUUCAAAAGAGGGCAAAGACAAGCAAGAACCAAAAUCCACCUCAAGCGAAGGGUUCAUGGCCUAUAAUCGGUCACCUACACCUUCUAGGUGGAUCUGCGCUACCCCAUAGGGUUUUGAGUAACUUGGCGGAUACACAUGGGCCCAUUUUUACUAUCAAAUUAGGUGUUCGCCAAGCUUUGGUAGUGAGCAAUGCGGAGAUGGCUAAAGAGUGUUUCACCACCAACGAUAAGGCCUUUGCCAGCAGACCCAAGUCGUUGGUUUCCGUGAUAAUGGGCUACGACUAUGCCAUGUUCGCAUUAAGUCCAUACGGGGAGUACUGGCGACAAGUGCGCAAGCUGGCUACAGUCGAACUUCUCUCUCAGCGACGUGUUGAGAUGCUAAAGCAUGAACGAGUCUCCGAAAUUAGAACAUUCAUGAAAGAUAUCUACAAGUCUUGCUUGAGAAACAAAGAGGUUGAAGAUUCUGAUAUGGUGAAGGUGGAGAUGAGAGAGUUCUUUGCCAAUUUGGUGUUUAACAUUAUAACAAGAACUAUUGCAGGAAAACGAUUCUCACCCGGUGAUAAAGAAGCUGUUGAAAUUCACGCGGUGGUUACAAAAUUCUUCGAGUUUUUGGGCACUUUCGUGGUGUCUGAUUUCAUUCCCUCUUUGAAGUUUAUGGACUUAGGAGGAUAUGUGAAAAGUGUUGGAAUUAAUCUUGAUGUUACGGGUUUUGUUCACAUGUCGCCGGUUCACAAAUACGGGUUCGCGAAGGUCGCGGGUCAAUAGUGCAAAUGAAUCAGGGGUAAAAGAGUCAAAGUUUGCAUUUUAAGGUUAAAAUAUUAAAGUGUCAUGUGUGUGAUUAAUUUGAGCACAUGCAAAAUACAAAGUUGUGAACGUUGCAUGACAGUCAAUGAUCACCGAGUAAAGUGGGAGAUAAAGAGCUAGUUUGUGGGUGAUUCAUGGGAUGGUGGACUAAGCUUUUUUUAGCAUGUGGUUGUUUAUUUGUUCUUAUAAAUAGGAUAGAGUUUGCUUUCAAUUGUACCCCUUUUUAUUAUCGAAUAAAAGCAGUAAACAUAUUUGUGAGUUUUGUGAGUAUAAAGUUUGGGGCCUGAACCAACAUUUGGUAUCAGAGCGAGGUCGAAACGAGGGUGGAGAAACGAGAGCGGGUGAAGACGGUGUUCGCCGUUUAGAGAGUCGGUUCAGAGAAGAGGGGAGUAGCCCUCUAAACUGCACGGCUAAGAAGAGAAAAAGAGAUCGUUGUUGAAGGCGUUGAUUCCAGUUGAGAGGAAGAAAGAAGAGAAGCGGGUUCCGUGUGAACCGAACAUGGUUCUAAGUGAGCCAUGUGAAGACAAAACUGAGACGUGAAAAGAGUUCUAAGUGAACCUAUCGGUUCUUAGUGAGCCGGAGAAGACGAGGAGAAGUUCUGAGUGAACCGAGUAUGGUUCUGAGUGAGCCGACAGAGAGAAGGAAGAAGGCGAUUGUGGAAGGGUUCUGUGUGAGCCGCAUGAAGAAGAUUGUUCUUUGUGAACCGAGGUGAACAGAUCUGUGUGAUCGGAAAAGGAGACGAAAUCAAGACCAGAAAAGGGUUCUGGGUGAACUAAAAUGUGUGGUGAUCUGUGUGAUCGAAUGUGUGUUCUACGUGAACGAUUUCUGUGUGAAAAAAAAAAA